GAAACUGGGACUGGGAAUAAUAAUAAGUGCAUUUUUGGGGUUUAGGAAAAAAUUUAGUGUUCAAAUUAUUCAAAAUCAUACAAUAGUUAAUUGUGCAAGUUAGUUUAAUAGAGAUAUAUUUGAGUUAACAUUUUAGUUCUGAAACAUGGAGACAAUUUCAACCCCUGGUGCUGAAGGACCUCCUGAUGAUUCAUUGAAACCAGUUGGAUGUACUCACUAUAAAAGAAAAUCAAAAUUUGUGACACCUUGUUGUGACAAAAUUUAUACAUGCAGGUUUUGCCAUGAUGAAUGUGAAGAUCAUGUAUUAAAUAGAAAAGAGGUCAAGGAAUUAAUGUGUGCUCUUUGUGAUACCAGACAGAAAGUUCAGAGCACUUGUCAAAAAUGUGGAAUCAUUUUUGGAAAGUAUGCCUGCUUAGAGUGUAAUUUAUUUGAUGAUGAAGACAAAAACCAAUUCCAUUGUAGUGGUUGUGGCAUCUGCCGAAUUGGUGGAGCACACAAAUUUUUCCACUGUACUAAAUGUAAUAUGUGUCUUCCCAUUCAGCUGGAAAGUGGACAUAAGUGUGUAGAAAAUGUAUCUAGAACCAAUUGCCCCAUAUGUUUAGAAGAUAUCCAUACUUCUCGAAUACCGUGCCACAUACCUCCUUGUGGACAUCUGUUACAUAGACCUUGUUAUGAAGGUUUACUUACCAAUGGACUCUUUGCCUGUCCGGUCUGCCAGACGUCUCUUAUGAACAUGGAACGAUUAUGGAAAUACUGGGAUAUGGAAAUUGAAAAUACACCUAUGCCUUCAGAAUAUAGCAAUUAUUUUGUAGAGAUUUUGUGCAAGGAUUGUCAUAAGGAAAGCACAGUAAAGUUUCACGUAGUAGGAUUUAAAUGUCAACAAUGUGGCUCUUAUAAUACAUGUAGGAAUAAAGGUCCUGUGACAGUUAGAGGCUCCAUCAGGACUCUCAUAAGAUAUAUUGCCAGAUUUUGCAACUUCUUGAUUUAUAUGACUAGACAGAUUUAUUCAUAUAUACCAUUUUUAUCCCUAGUUGUUGGUCCGGGAGAUGACACCGACACCACCGAGCAUGUAAGGGAUGAAGACCGCCUAGAAAAUACUCUAACUGACGAAGAAGAACUACAAAAUAAUGACUGAAUGUUAAUAUGAAUUUAAAUAAAUCAAUUCUGUAAACGCAGAUGUUUUAUAUUUUUUAGUUAAAGGUAAAAUGUUUAGUAUAUUUAUUUAUUAUGAGUUUUAAUUGCUGAUGUGUUGUAUAUUGCCAUUUGUUUGUUAUAUGCAAUCCUUUGUGAUAUUGCUAUUUAAAGUUUUAUGCUUCUAUCGCCUGUCAUGGAAUUUUAAGUAUACAUAUUUGAAAUAAAAUUAAGGAAAUUAUUUGUUAUUUUUCUUUUUAUUGUUUGAAAUAACUUACUAAUUAAAAACACAAUAUUGCUAUUUUUAAAUGUCUAAAUGUCCGUUAUAAUGAUCUCGUCAAUACUCUUACUGCUGAUUAUGUUAAUAGUUUGUUUAUUUAUUACAAGUAGUAACCAUUUAACGGGUCGUAAAGACAAUAUAAUAAAAAUGUAGUUAAAAAUUGUAAUUAUAGAAUAAUAUUUUCAUUGCAAGAACUUUCUUGUAUCAUU